AUGACUUCCCAGCUGCUUCUGCUACUGCUGCUAUUGGCCUGCAGCUCCUGUAGCCUGGCCAUACGUAUUAAGAACUCAACCAUUGGCCAUUUCAGCAAGGAUCAGCGUAUCGUUGGUGGUCAAGUGGCCGAGGAAGGAUUUGCCCCAUAUCAGAUAUCACUGCAGGGCCUGAAUGGAGCACAUUCCUGUGGUGGUGCCAUCAUUGGCGAGAAAUAUGUACUCACGGCCGGGCAUUGUGUCGAUGGUGCUAGUCCUGAAUUCAUGGUGGUUGUAACCGGUACCAAUCAAUACAAUCGCCCCGGAGCCAGGCAUUUUGUCCAGUCUAUACAUGUACAUUGCAGAUACGAUGUGCCACUGUAUCACAAUGACAUUGCUCUGCUGGUUUUGACGGAGCCAAUUGAAUGGAAUGAACGUACUCAGCCAAUUGCAUUACCCACUGAACCCAUGUUGCCGGGAGCUGAAGUUAUCCUAACUGGAUGGGGCUCUACUGUUUUGUGGGGCAGUUCUCCCAUCGAUCUUCAAGUUCUCUAUCUAAAUUAUGUACCACAUGACAAGUGCCAGGAGCUUUUGAGUAAUCCAGAGGAUUGCGAUGUGGGUCAUGUUUGUACAUUCUCCAAGGAAGGCGAAGGAGCGUGUCACGGUGAUUCGGGUGGACCCUUGAUCAGCAAAAAUCAGCUAGUGGGUUUAGUCAACUGGGGUUGGCCUUGUGGUACCGGCGUUCCGGAUGCGCAUGCCAGUGUCUAUUUUUACAGAGAUUGGAUACGUAGUGUUAUCAGCGGAAAUGUAAAAUGUGGCGGUUAUCACACCACCGAGAGGUAGGAUCGAUUGGCUAUCGAAUGAUAUUAUAAACUGCUUCUGAUAAAGUUUACCUUAUCAUUUAACCAUAGUCGAUAUUUUCAAUAAACUUUUGUUCAAUUAAAAA